AUGUCCCUGUCUUCAAUUAACCCAAACACCAUUAGCAUAAAUAACGACAUGAACAAGCGAAGAGACAUUUUCGGCGGCAUGCAAGGCAAUGCAAAUCCCUACCCGUCCCCUCCUCCCAACGCAUUAGUUCAUAUGAAUGACAAAAAUAUGAGAAUGGACAGUCGUGCCAUGCAGAAUGAAGGUAUGAAUUAUACCCUGCCGCAGAACUUUAUGGGUAUGCAUCCGUACAUUCCUCCACCCAUGCAUGACAUGCCCCCAAACCAGAUCUUCCCAAAUGUGCAUCAUGGUCAUAUGAAAACGAACAGAAAUUCGAACAGCUUCUCGCGCAGAUAG